AUGACUGACGAAUCCUUCGAGUCGAGCACUCGGACUUUCGAGUUUCCGGAAAGCGCAUCAUCGUCACCCAUCGACGACAGCUCGAAAAUAAUUCCCGAGGAUUUUUUGACCGUCACCACCUCUUGGUUUUGGUCCUCGUACAUUCCGAACAUCGUGAAUUCCAUGCCUUACCUGCCAAGCGAUCACAUAAAUGAUAUCAUCGAGGUUGAUUUUCCGAAAGAUUUAUCGGUGUCAACGUUUUAUCAGCUACUCAGUCAGAUGACCUUGCUCGGGCAGAGUGUCUUCAGCAAGUGCACUAUUUUGCGUUUGUUGAGCAUCAGCGAAUGGAAUCAAAGGUACUCUUUCCUUGAUUAUCGACCGCAAUGUAGUUGGAACGUCGAUGGUUUGGGAGGUCAAGAGGUUGAACCCGGGGAAGCGAUAGAUGAAUUGGUCAGAGAAUAUUGUUGCGAUCAAGGUUCACCCGACCGUUCCAACACUCCUGUAUCACCGUCGCUGAAGAAGAGUGGGCAAACCUUUAAGGGGACAUUGAUACAAUCGGAGCAGUGUAAACAGGGCGUCGAAUUAGAAAUCGUUGUGCACGGACAAUACCUUACACCUCAAAGUGAAUUGUUUCAAAAAAUUUAUCAUCAUCUAUCCAAUUCAUUAUUUUUUCGUCCGCACCCUUGUGGCAAAUAUGCCACGCGUAUAACCAUGCCCGUACCGUCGGUCACCACCAUUGGACCAAUCAUAAAUUGGCUAUAUAACCAUAACGAUGAUGAUUGGAUGGAAACGAUGUCUCCCGAAAAUUUCGAUCAGGUAUUUGACGCUGCUGCUGUCUCAUUCCAAAUUAUGCCUCGCCUUUCGCUUGAUAGAUUAAUUAACGAAUGA